AUGAAAUUGUUCCCAGUUUUUGUUUUUUUCGGAAACAAUCACGCGGCCAUCGUCAACUCCGAUUUCGACGGCCACGUGACCGGUUUUCACCGAUUGCUAAAGCCCUACCCGAAUCCCGACCCGAAUGCGGACUACUCCGAUGAUCCAGCCUUCGAUCCGAGUUUCGAAGAUCUCGAAUCAGACAAAGAAGAUUACAAUGUUUUUGACUUCCUUCAGGGUCGAAUGCAAACAAGAAGGUACUCUCAAUUGAUGGAACUGAUGACAUUCUACUCGAUCGAGCCCGAAUUCGACGCGGACAAGUACUGGAACUACGGCUGCAACUGCAUGAUUCACGGCGACCGACCACUGUCGGACAUGGGCACAGGACCGGGAGUCGACAGACUCGAUAAAAAGUGCCGUGAGUACAAGCUCUGCCAGCAAUGCGCCCGCGCUCAGCACGGUGAAAUGUGCAUUGGCGAGUUUAUUGCUUAUAGAAGACCACGAACCAAGGUUUUGGUCGUCGAUGGAGUAGAAGAAACUCACAAGGUCUGCAGAGAUACUCCAAACACGUGCGAGCGGGCCCUUUGCGAGUGCGACCUGCAAUUUGCCAAGGAUCACGCCAAGAUGUCGGUUGUUGCUUUUGAGCCUGCACAUCAUAACAUGUUGUACAACGCAGACCAUCAGGAAAUCCAAGAUAUGUGCGUUCGAGGAGCAAAGAGCGCAACUGCCGAUCGAAUGUGCUGUGGCGGUGUGAACAACGCCGCACGAGUCUUCAACAACGCCAGCCCCAACCAGUUCUGCUGCGACGGGCAAGUGACUGAGUCGCCGGACGGAUUCAAUAGCUGCGUGCCAAAGUAA